GCCACUUCCGGUCGCCGGGCUUCCGCCGCGGCCGCUACCUGUCCGCGCUGCCGCCGCCGCCGCCGCUCCGGCCGCGCUCCAGGCGUUCUUUUCCCUCCUGAAGGAAAGCUGCCUCGUCCCAUGCUUCAGGGAUGGCGCUCCCUAUCAUCGUGAAGUGGGGCGGGCAGGAAUACUCAGUGACGACGCUUUCAGAAGACGACACCGUGCUGGAUCUCAAACAGUUUCUCAAAACGCUUACCGGAGUGUUACCGGAACGCCAGAAGCUACUUGGGCUCAAAGUUAAAGGCAAACCUGCAGAAAAUGAUGUUAAGCUUGGAGCUCUCAAACUGAAACCAAAUACUAAAAUCAUGAUGAUGGGAACUCGAGAGGAGAGCUUGGAAGAUGUCUUAGGCCCACCCCCUGACAAUGAUGACGUUGUCAACGACUUUGAUAUUGAAGAUGAAGUCGUUGAAGUAGAAAAUAGGGAAGAAAACCUAUUGAAAAUUUCUCGCAGAGUGAAAGAGUACAAAGUGGAAAUAUUGAACCCUCCCAGGGAAGGGAAGAAGCUGUUGGUGCUCGAUGUGGACUACACGUUGUUCGACCACAGGUCUUGUGCUGAGACUGGGGUAGAAUUAAUGCGGCCGUAUCUUCAUGAAUUCCUAACAUCUGCAUAUGAGGAUUAUGACAUUGUUAUUUGGUCUGCAACAAAUAUGAAGUGGAUUGAAGCUAAAAUGAAAGAACUAGGAGUGAGCACAAACGCCAACUAUAAGAUCACUUUCAUGUUGGACAGUGCUGCCAUGAUAACGGUGCAUACUCCACGCAGAGGACUCAUAGACGUAAAGCCUCUUGGUGUUAUAUGGGGAAAGUUUUCGGAGUUUUACAGCAAAAAAAACACCAUUAUGUUUGAUGACAUAGGAAGAAAUUUUCUAAUGAACCCGCAGAAUGGACUCAAGAUAAGACCAUUCAUGAAGGCACACCUGAAUCGAGAAAAGGACAAAGAGCUCCUGAAACUAACACAGUACCUCAAGGAAAUAGCCAAGUUAGACCACUUUUUGGACCUAAAUCACAAGUACUGGGAGAGGUACCUCUCGAAGAAGCAAGGCCAGUAGUGACAGGUUACACCAGUUCUCACUGAAGACACUCGCCAUCCAGGAACUUCUUGCUUUUCUGCUAGAAAUCAUUACGGUAGUGCUGGGCACUGAAGCAAAAUAUCAGACUGCUUAUUACUUGGUCUUCCAGUUUUUUGGUAAAUUUUAUUUUAUAUUUUUUGAAGAUCAUAGCAAUAUGCAAAAAAAAAAAUCUUUCUCCCUCUUCCCCAUCUCAGCAUACCGUUUAACUUUUGAAAACUGUUUUCUCCAGUGUUGAAUACGGAGUCAUCCUCACCCCCCCACCCCCCACUCCAACACGCAAAGUAGACCAAAAAAAAUGACACUCAGCAGUGUCAUUUUGUGAGUUUGGAAACAAGUUCCGUCUGUGUUUUUGUCUCACUGUGUUGUUUUCUGACAAGAUCUAAGACCCAUUUCAAAAUUGCUACUUUAACCUUUAAAAAAAAAGUUUGGGGUGCCAUAGCAAUAGUACAGCGGGUUGGGGACUUGACUUCCAAGUGGCUGACUUGGGUUCGGUCCCUGGCGUGUCGUAUGAGCACCCUAAGCCCCGCCAGGAGUGAUCCCUGAGUGCAGAGCCAGGAGUCAACCCUGAGCACCACCGGGUGUGGUGCCCUCCCCACCCCCCCACCCCCAAACAAAACAAACAAAAAUUUUCGACUCAGAAACCUACAUUUCGUAAGCUUACAUCAUCAAGAACCUUUUCCUUCAUCUGAGGGACAGUUUCUCCUCUGUCCCGCGCUGCUGACAGCCCUGACUUAGAAGCUGUCUCCGUGUGGUCUGUGUGUGUCAGUGUUCUCAGAGUGAAACUGGCAGAUGUCAGCUGUGAUGCCAGCGCGUCCUAGUCUGCGAACUAGAAACCACCACACCGAAGCAUAGAGGGAGCAACGAGGCUGCGUUUGUCUUGGCGGCUAAGGAGAAGCGUUUCUGCCGAGAUCAUUGUCUCCUUCAAAAGCAGUGAAUGCCAACACAUUUUUAAAUGGUCUGUAUUGCUGAAUUAGCCCUGGGGUGGGGGGAAAAAAGCAUGAAGAAGUUUUUGUUCUACUCUAGCUGUAUCGUGUCUAAGUGCGAACGUUAUUUCGGUGAAAUCCCAAGCCGUAAGAUGUUUGAAGACAUUAUUUGCAACGCUUAACGCCUGCAGAUUCGUAACGUGACCACUGUUCUGUGUUGCUAGUUUUGCUUUCUACGGUUCUUGUAUUUGAAAGGAACCUGAUCCUUUCGAAUAAACACGGUGUAUAUUGUUCUUAUGGGACUAUUUCAGUGGUGUAAAUAAUAAAUACCUUUUCUUACAACA